UCAGCAACUGUCAAAAAAAAUAAAAUUUCGUCCUUCUGUUUUCCAACAAAAUAAUUUCGGCGAAAUCGGAAUAAAAGGCUGUUCGGCGAAUAUUCAAUAGGAGUUUUUUAAGUUACUUCUCUCAAAAAUGUUGGUGUUAGUUCUCGGAGACCUGCACAUCCCUCAUCGAUGCAGCAGUUUGCCGGCCAAGUUCAAGAAGUUACUCCUACCAGGACGUAUCCAGCAUAUCUUGUGCACCGGCAACCUCUGCACCAAGGAGUCUUACGACUAUUUGAAGACGCUUGCCAGUGAUGUGCAUGUUGUUAGGGGAGAUUUUGAUGAUAACGCUACAUAUCCAGAGCAGAAAGUGAUCACAGUCGGUCAGUUCCGUAUCGGCCUCAUUCACGGUCACCAAGUCGUCCCGUGGGGUGAUGAGGAGUCACUAGCUCUGGUACAAAGGCAGUUGGACGUGGACAUCCUAAUCUCGGGCCAUACUCAUCGGUUUGAAGCUUACGAGCAUGAAAACAAGUUCUAUAUCAACCCUGGAUCUGCUACUGGCGCUUAUAGCCCCCUUUUCAGAAACGCAACCCCAUCAUUUGUGUUGAUGGACAUCCAAAGCUCAACAGUGGUCACCUAUGUCUACAAACUAUUAGGAGACGAAGUCAAAGUCGAAAGGAUUGAAUAUAAGAAAGCAUAAAACUAAUUUGUAUGAUAUUGAGAUGUAAUUAUUAUUGUAACUAGAUUUUAUAGUAAACAAUAAGGUGUAAUCAAUGAAUCUUCUAUAAGUAUGGAGAGGUCUAUUUAACUGAACAUCUAUCAUUAUCUCUUAAAUAUGUACCUGUCAAUCUGUAUACAUCCCUAUCACAUUAAUACAGCAAUAACAGAUAUCAAGUACAAACUUAAUUUUUUAAUUUGCGGUAUCAGUUUCAAAGGGCAUUAUGAUAGAUGUUGUUGUUAUAUGAUUAGGGAGUAUUAUUCUGUUCCUAUGAUUUAUCAAGAAGAGUAAAUUCUUCUUACAUUGCUAAUAAAUGCGUAGGAAGUGGUCACAUAGCUUGUAUGUUUGAUUUUAUAAAAAUGUAAAUAAUGUGUGUGGAACACUAAGAAUUACUUUUGUAUGAUAGAUCAUUCCCAUCUUUGUUGAUAAAGUAAUGUUUCCAAAUAAGCAUGCAAGAUAGGUUAAUGAUCAUUUAAUGAGAUCCAUUUAAAACUAAAUCUCUAUUAUACUAUGAUUAUGUAUAUUACUUAUUUAAGUUUAAAUAAAAUUGUAUUUUAUGUUAAAAA